AUGGGAUGUCUGGUGUCCACGCCAAGGCAUGGCAGAGAAAGCAAGGGAAGAAGCCCCGAUAGUCUGGGGGAGGUGGCGGUGUUUCUUCCUGUACUACGCAUUCCCAAGUCUGCGGAUCUCUCUGUUCCUCUGGGCCACAGAUUGCCAAAGAAGUACCUGGAGCGUCUCUCUGCUCUGAGAAUUCGACUUGUCGUGAUUGCCACCGAGGAAGCUCCCGCUGCCCUGAAGGCGAGACGAACAGAAACUGAAACACAACUGGGUUUGUAGAGUCUAAUCAUGAAAAAUUUCCCAUUUCAUUUUGAAAUCUAAGCUGAAUGAAUAUGACAGAAAAUAUUAUGGCAGGUGGCUCUGCUCUAUCCGAUCUCUGGCAAUCACUUGAGGAAUACCUGCCUGUUCUACUUCGACUGGUGAAAGAAGGUGAGGGAGAUGGGUUCAUCAUACAUCGUAUUUCAUUUCGCUGCCAGCCAUUGUAAUAUGUUUACUCGUGUUCCUGUGGCUCUUGACAGUGCAUGAACUAUAUUCCACAGGAAGCCAGACCACAGACAAAGUGCAAUUUGUGUGGAUAAACCAGAAUACUGAUUCAGAGGUUAGACAAUCAUCAUCCUAAAUUUUUAUGGAGUUUUCACGGAUAUUUAAUAAUUUAUAUUUAAUCAGAUCAUCAAUUCAGGAUUAGACAAUAAUCUUCCAUGCUGAAAUUUUUUUCUCCGAUUCCUGACGGUUCAUAGAAGUCGUAAACAUAUGCAGGAAACCUGUAUAUCAGAUGCUUGGUACGAGGUGCUGUCAGUGCUGCACUUGAUGGCCAUUCUGAGCUUAUCAGAGGCCAAUCUUUUACUUCUCCCUAAGACGACCGCCGAGGGACGCCAGGCAACAGUAUCCGAAGGUGGGCAUUCACGAAUCCUUUCCACAUCAACCCAGGAUUAGCUUAUGAGUCUUGAGUUCAAGGCUUAAUUUAGAAGAGGAUCGACCGCCGAGGACAAAACCAAAUCAUCGACGAGUGUUUCUUCUCUGAUACUCAUGGCUGCCUUAAAAUUUUGCAUUCCUUUGCAGAGAACAAACGGAGUUCGAUCGAUGUUUUCUUGAAGGCAGCUGGGUAUCUGGAUUGCGCUGUCCGAGACGUCCUCCCUCAGAUUCCCCUUCAGCUCAGGUUCUUCUUCUUCUUCUCUCCUGUUUGUAGCGCCAACCCCUGUUUCCAGUUCACUAGCUGUCUUUAUUAAUUUUAAUCUUGUAACAUAUAUUGCUAUCACCUGUGGACAAUGUUUCUAGGAAAUAUCUUCCUCUCGAUCUAUCUGAGGGCUUGUUGAGAGCUCUUUGCCAACAAGCUCUAGCACAGGUGUCUAUUCUUUGAGUAAUUUCUCACGGAUACGAGACUUCUGUAAGAUUUGUGCGUUCUUUCAUUGAUCAUCCUCGGUCCAUCUCUUUCGUUGGGUGGGUGUUGGUUCAGGCUGUCGACGUCCAACUCGGAAUGGCCAUUGACUGCCCCAAGGCCACACUGGCGGUGAAGCGGAGGCUUGCGUGUGAGAUGGUAAAGCACUGGCAGCAGGUAUGAAGUUCUUCUUAUCAGGGCCAAUUUUCAAUCUUGAUAACUAUAGUUCGCUGCAGGCUCAGGACAACGUCUCGCAGAUUCCAUUAAGCGGAGGUUGGGGGUUUAAAUACCAGCUCUAUAUUAAGUGGAAGCAUGUAGAAGCGAAGGUACAUCAAAAAUUGAUGAUGGUUUAUUUGAUGAUUAUUUUCAUGAGGAGGGUAUGUUCCCCUGUGGUAAACGACGUUCUCCGUGCGACAGGCAGCUGCAUAUUACUUCCACGGGCUGAUUCUUGACGAAGGCAACACGGAGAAAUCUUACGGGAUGGCGGUGGUCGCCGUCCGAGCAGCGGAGGAAUUUCUGAAGGAGAGUAAACAGGGAUGCGAAGCCUUCAACUCGGCUCCUCCAUUAUCAAGGUCACGUAGAGCUUUUUUUAUUUGGUAUUUGGUGCAUGUGGUGCUGACUAAGGGUGUACACAAAAGAGAGAGAAAAAAACCGGGGUCAGAAUAGGCACGCGUACCCCGUCCAUUGAUACCCUUAGUAUGUAUGCAGUGACUUCCUGCCAUCCUGAAACAUGUAACUUCUCUGCAGUAACCCCCCCCUGUGGGGAACUAUGAAGUAUCUGUCGGAGAAGAUCCCAAAGGAUGCACAGAGCAUGAUGCGAAGGAACCGGGAGUUCUACAGUCAUGGGACGUAAGUGAUCUACGAACGACAGCUGAAAGGGUGGUGUCGGUUAUCUACUCUCUUUGAGCGACAGUUUCAUAGAGAAUGCUAGAGCAAGCUCCCAAUGGGUCUCUCGCUUGCAGAUUCCCGCAGAUGGCUCCGCCGCUGCCGGACUUUGUCCUGGCGCUCAAUCCUGACGAGUACCAACUUCCGCCACCAGACCCAUCGUGGGAUGAGGAGGAUCAGCACCGGGGCUGAAGGAGACGAGCUGGUCUGUCGUCGUUCAGGCUCCACUCUUCAUCAGAGAGGGAGUGACUGGCCCGUCUGUGGACCCAGGGAGAGCUGGGGAACGAUGGAGAGUCCCUGAAGACGUAUCUGUAAAGUCUAGUAAAUCUACAGGCGUUUAGCCCUUCAAUCGCCAAGAAAAACUGUGUUUUAGACGUCCAGAAAACAGCACAUUCCAUUGCAUUAAAUCUCGCGAGCAGAAGAAGAAUUUCCAUCCUCACUUAAAGGGAUAUUCGAUCAAACUUCAUCGCCAAAACCCUGCAAUCGUCUGAGCUACAGGUUUUCUGGGUCCUGGUAAUCGCACUUCAUUUCUCCUAGACCGGCGGAGACUACGCACUCAUCCUGGGUACCCAGCUCUUCCUCUACUGCAGAAAAGAGCGAAAAUUUUAAUGCUGAGUUAGGUGCCUAUUGUUCAUUAGCAGUAAGACUACAGGAUUAAGAAUUUAUUAACAUCGCUCUUUGAUUCCCGCUCGUUUCUCUUCGACAUGAAAAAUACGGCCGCAUUGAGGCCGGUCGACUCUAUUUCUUAUCCUCAUCAUCAACAACUAAAUGCAGCAAUGUGUGCGCGAUGACUUAGUUGUUGAGGGGAAUUCCUUUUAUGAUGAUUAUUCGCCGCUUUUCAUAAGAGAUUUGAUUUGAAUCCUUCUCGUCCCAUUCUUCUUCGAAGAACGCAGUGCCCCUUGGCCCCAGAUUGACAAGCUUCAGACUAGUUUCUAACCCCAAUCCUUCUCAAUGGAUCUGUCAAUUUAUAAUUAUAUAAUUGAUAAUAAAGUACAAUACUAUUCAAUAAUAAUAGUUUUAAUUACAUAAUAAGUAUAUAAAUAAUAUAAAAUAAAUAAACUAAUAAAAAUAUUUUUAUUAUAAAAUAAAAAAGUAACAUGAAAAUUUUAAAACGAACGAGAUUCGUCAAUAAAAAAGGUAAAAAUCUAAGGCAUGGUUGCAACCAAGACAAGAGCUAGCCUCUAAAUGUUCUUCGCCUUCAGAUAUAGAGGACCGGCUCUUUUCAGCCUCUGCUUGCUAACUAGGGCUUUUCCGCGCUGAGCGGCUUUGCUCAUGCACGAAGGGCGGGAGAGGGGAAGAGCGGAGCUCCAACCGGAGCGCCUAGCGGCAACCUACGUGCUGGUCCUAUCACGGCCAGGUCCGCUUCUCGAGCAUCGGCUCCAAGAAACUUGAAGCCCUAGGCUUCCUCAAAUUCGUUACUUCCCUUGGGAGAAGCUUCUUGUCAGAUUCGUCAUCAUCGUUCAGCGGCGGGUCGCGAGGUCCCCCCCUUAGUUUCCUCUGGACUCUACAAUUUUAAUGUACCAGCGUGGACAAGUCUCUGGACUUGACACUGAAGCUCCGCUACGCCGUCGUUCUGACGCAACAUGGUUGACUGGCAAUCUCGACGUGGACGUCGUAUCAAUAAGCAAGCGCUAGCUAGGCCGUCGCCGCCGUACAGUUUUCUGAAACCUUGAUGAGCAAAUACCGAGAACCGGAGAGCGGAAAGCAACGACCUCGGAAGUCCGGAAGUUCACAGGUCCGACUCCCCUGAGACGAUCUCGGAAGAUCAUGGCUGCUCAUCAGGAAUUUCCUGCUUAUGCGGAGGAAGUGGUCGAGAUGGCCUGAAGGCAGCUGUUAAGGCCGAAUGAAUGGAUGAUGGUGGACGGACGUAAAUUUAGGGAUAAGGAAAGGGCCUCUAACUCGUGGCGAGUGCAGUGCGAGGCCCGAGAGAUAGGCAUCGCUACGCUUUGUCAAACAGUUUUCCAUCCUCUGGUUUAAGUUAUAGCUCUGAAAAUUAGCAUAAGAUAUCUCUGUUUCGUUAACGGGCUGAAACUCCACAAAUGGGAGAGUUUAGGCAGACAAACAGUUAGAUCAAUGCGGGAGCAGAGCUUAGAUUCCUUGGGUUCUGUCCACCGUUCGGUCACCCACAAUAUCUCAAUCAAUGCUCGUUUUCUCACGUACGCAUCGCAAAUCGGCUUAGAGUACGAUAACAAAGUUUCAUGCCCUCGAGGGGUAUAGCAAGAUAUGGAGUUGCCACGUGAUUCGACGUCCUCAAGAUAGAGGACCUCAUUCAGGAUGAACACUCUGGUGUUCUUCUCAUUUUCUAAAAGGUCGUCUCACCAUAAAAUUAUCCCGCCCGCAUGGGUUUGUGCAGAUUGACGUUCACUUAUGCGUAACUAGCAGGGCUACUCUCACCACUGAAACUCUGCAACCAGGGGGAGGGAUUCUCAUCGGCCGCAGGAUUUACGUAACCAUUUGCGUCAAACGGCAACCGUCCCUUCACCCAACUACUCUCUCUCUCUCUCUCUCUCUCUCUCUCAUUUUCAUCCACGAGUGCAUGAUAGUACUGCACAACGAAAGUACAGCGCAGCCUCAGCGAGUCUCGUCGAAUGACUAAUCCGAAAGUGAGAGUACAUUUAAAACUGUAGAGACAAUGUGUCGGCAGAACUGCGAUGGGGACCUCGCGACAUGAAGGAGAGAAACAACGCCGACGAAGGUAUCAAGCUCGUACGAAAGCAAGAAGGCAAGAAACGAAUUUGAAGCAGUCUUAGAGUAGCUCUGAUGACCACCCAAUUCCUAAAUUUAAUUGUUGCUGCAACAGAAAGAAAGAGAGACCUAGACGACCUCACGGGGUCAAUUUGACCCAUUCUCUCUUCAAGUUGCGAGGAAGACUUUUCUUCAUCCAGGGAUAACUUAUAUUUUCUCUCAUAGAAAAUAGGAGGAGCAGGUGGCCCGCUUCUCCUUUCCACUCUUGAAUCUCCUCUCGAUUUAUAGGGUAGAGGCCACCCAAGACUUACUCCAUUUUUACCCUAGCAGGCAACGAUCUGGGCCGCCCGGAAAUCCCGUCACUUCCCAACGGUUGUGCCACUCCUGCCGAGAUGGCUACUAGGUGGCCAUUGACAACCCCAAGGCUACACUGGCGGCGAAGCGGAGGCUGGCGUGUGAGAUGGUAAGGCACCGGCAGCAGGUAUGAAGUUCUUCUUUUCUGGGCCAAUUUGGAAUUUUGAUAACUCUAGUUUACUGCAGGCUCAGGAUAACGUCACGCAGCUUCCAUUUGGCGGAGGUUGGGGGUUUAAAUAUCAGCUCUAUGUUAAGUGGAAGCAGGUUGAAACGAAGGUACAUAAAAAAUCUAUGAUAUGAGCUCUGGGCGGAACUAUUAAGUAUCUGUCGGAGAAGAUCCUAAAAGAUGGACGGAGUAUGAUGCGAAGGAACCGGGAGCUCUACAAUCAUGGGACGUAAGUGAUCUACGAACGACAGCUGAAAGGGUGGUGUCGGUUUUCUCCUCUCUUUGAGCGACAAUUUCAUAGACGAAUGCUAGAGCAAGCUCCCAAUGGGUCGCUCGCUUGCAGAUUCCCACAGAUGGCUCCGCCGCUGCCGGAUUUUGCCCUGGCGCUCAAACCUGACGAGUACCGACUUCCGCCACCAGACCCAUCGUGGGAUGAGGAUCAGCUCCGGGGUUGA